CUCUAAGCCGGUCCUCUGCUAGCUGUAUAAGCUGCAGUCAUGGGAAAUGGCAUUUUUGCCAAUUGCUGUCGGCAUGUCACUGAUUUAAUCUUCCAGACGCGCAGCUUUCGUUCGACCGAUGAGAGAUCACCCCUUCUAGCAAAAUCUCCUGCUGGUUGCACUGCCCCCCCGGAUGUCUCAGAACCUUGCAAGUAUGCCAAGCCGUACCCGGACGUUAUUCUCAGCAACGCAUCAGAUAAACGGCUGCAGAAACAGGCAGAAUACGUCUACGACUUACCCGAGGAGGGCAGGGAAGAAGUGACAGGGGCCUGUGUCAACAGCUGCUUGGAAUUCAGGGUUGCUACUGCAGGCCUCCUGCAGCAGGCACAGGCAUCUUGUGCUCUGGCCGUCCUUCCUGUUGACCUUGAGAGAGAGUCAAAGACACUGUUAAACCAUGCUCGGCUGCUUGAGGCCUGCCAGGGUUGUGUGAAACUUGAGGACGGUGGCCUGGACUGUAAAACCCGCAACCAGGAAGAGCAUGUGGUACCAGCUGACAAAACAGAUGCAAGCCCUGGAAUGCCGGUGGUUUGGCAGCAAAACCAAGACUUCUUUAAGAGGGAAGAAGCCUUGAAUUUCAAACCCUUAGACAAGCCAGGUGUCCCAUUAGACUGCAGAGCUGCCGGCCCUUACUUGGGAAGCUAUGAUACAACUGGAUCCUCUGAAUGUAAUGCGUCGGGAAAGAUGGAGGAAGUCCAGAAGGCCCAACAAGCAGUCUUGUCAUCUCUCCUUCAGGAUGAGAGUGCGCAUCUGACCCACGUCACCAGCGCUUGUUGCUUAUCAACUGACCCAGCAGCGUGCGCAGCUGGCGAGUUAAGCUGCAGUCUGUACAGCAAAGGGAAUAUAUUGCCAUCGAAGCAGAAGAAGCGGAAGAGGAAAAAGAAGUUUCCUUUCUUAGAGCACCCGAGUGUCAUGACGUUAAUGAACGGGGAUGGCUUGCAUGAGAGCCUCAAGGAAGACAAGGAGGUCAAGCAGAAUGGCCAUGAGGAAGCUGAUCCAGGGGAUGAUGGAAACGACCAGGAGGUCAUCGUCAUCCAGGACACCGGCUUCACUGUCAAGAUCUGUGCUCCAGGAAUAGAACCCUUCUCCCUGCAGGUUUCUCCACAAGAGAUGGUGCAGGAGAUCCACCAAGUGCUGAUGGACAGAGAGGACACCUGCCACCGAACCUGCUUCUCCCUGCAGCUGGACGGCAACGUCCUGGAUAACUUCGCUGAGCUGAAAACCAUUGAAGGGCUGCAGGAGGGGUCGGUGUUGAAAGUGGUUGAAGAGCCCUACACGGUACGGGAAGCCAGGAUACAUGUGCGUCAUAUUCGGGAUCUUCUGAAGAGCCUUGACCCAUCAGAUGCAUUUAAUGGUGUGGACUGCAAUUCCCUGUCAUUCCUGAGCGUCUUCACAGAAGGAGACCUUGGAGACAGUGGAAAACGGAAGAAGAAAGGUACCGAAAUGGAACAAAUUGACUGCACCCCUCCUGAACAUAUCCUGCCAGGUAGCAAAGAGAGGCCCCUGUGUGCCCUCCAGCCCCAGAACAGAGACUGGAAGCCUUUGCAGUGCCUAAAAGUAUUGACCAUGAGUGGGUGGAACCCCCCACCUGGCAACCGAAAAAUGCACGGAGACCUCAUGUACCUGUACGUCAUCACUGUGGAGGAUCGACACGUUAGCAUCACAGCAUCCACCAGAGGCUUUUACUUGAAUCAGUCAACAGCGUACAAUUUCAAUCCCAAGCCUGCCAAUCCGAGUUUCCUCAGCCAUUCCCUAGUAGAGCUGCUUAACCAGAUCAGCCCGACCUUCAAAAAAAACUUCUCAACUCUGCAGAAGAAACGGGUCCAGAGACAUCCCUUUGAAAGGAUCGCUACCCCCUUCCAGGUGUACAGCUGGACAGCACCGCAGGCAGAACAUGCUAUGGACUGUGUGAGGGCAGAAGAUGCUUAUACUUCGAGGCUGGGCUAUGAAGAGCACAUACCUGGACAGACCAGAGACUGGAACGAGGAACUGCAGACCACACGAGAGCUGCCCCGCAAGAACCUGCCAGAGAGGCUGCUGAGGGAACGAGCCAUCUUCAAGGUCCACAGCGACUUCACUGCAGCAGCUACAAGGGGAGCCAUGGCCGUCAUUGAUGGCAAUGUCAUGGCCAUCAACCCCAGCGAGGAGACCAAGAUGCAGAUGUUCAUUUGGAACAAUAUUUUCUUCAGCCUGGGCUUUGAUGUCCGUGAUCAUUACAAGGACUUUGGAGGAGACAUUGCUGCCUACGUGGCUCCCACCAAUGACCUCAAUGGGGUGCGGACCUACAAUGCAGUGGAUGUGGAGGGGCUCUACACAUUGGGGACUGUGGUGGUGGAUUACCGAGGUUACCGGGUAACGGCACAGUCCAUUAUUCCAGGGAUCUUGGAACGGGAGCAGGAGCAGAGCGUCAUAUAUGGGUCAAUAGACUUUGGCAAGACUGUGGUUUCACACCCCAAGUACCUGGAGCUGCUUGAGAAGACCAGCAGGCCCCUUAAGAUCCAGAAGCACAAAGUCCUGAACGACAAGAACGAGGAGGUGGAGCUGUGCUCAUCGGUGGAAUGCAAAGGCAUCAUCGGCAACGAUGGGCGCCACUACAUCCUUGACCUGCUCCGCACCUUCCCCCCUGACCUGAACUUUCUUCUUAUAGACGGAGAGGAAAUGCCAGAAGAAUGUAAAAAAAUGGGAUUUCCCAAGCAGCACAGACACAAGCUUUGCUGUCUCAGACAAGAGCUUGUGGAUGCCUUUGUCGAACACAGGUAUCUCUUAUUCAUGAAACUAGCUGCACUGCAGCUGAUGCAGCAGAAGGCAAACAAACCCGAGAGCUCCAGCGUGCUGGAAAACGGGGCUUCCCCAGAGAAUGGCACUGAGGAGAGCCAGAAAGCUGAACGGGAGGAUGGUAAAAUAGAGGAGAGCGUGACUGGAUUAGAUAGGGUUAAAGAGUUGGCGGAGACCAUUGCCUCUGACGAUGGAACAGUGGAUCCCAAAAGCCGAGAGGUGAUUCGGAAUGCAUGCAAGGCUGUUGGCUCCAUCAGCGACACGUCAUUUGACAUUCGAUUUAACCCGGAUAUCUUCUCGCCAGGAGUUCGUUUCCCUGAAUCCAGCAAAGAGGAAGUGCAGGAUCAGAAACAGUUACUAAAGGAUGCUGCUGCUCUCGUACUCUCAUGCCAAAUUCCAGGCUUGGUCAAAGACUGCCUUGACCACACUGUGCUCCCGAUGGACGGCGCCACGUUAGCGGAAGCUAUGCACCAGAGGGGCAUCAACAUGCGCUACCUAGGCAAAGUCAUCGACUUCAUCACUAAGACCCCUGCCCAUGCACAGCUGGAUCACAUCUUUAAAAUUGGACUCAGCGAAUUGAUCACUCGAUCAGCCAAACACAUCUUCAAGACGUACCUUCAGGGUGUAGAGCUGUCGGGCUUAUCGGCAGCCAUCAGCCACUUCCUCAAUUGCUUCCUAAGCUCCUUCCCAAAUCCAAUUGCCCAUCUUCCAGCUGAUGAGCUAGUCUCCAAGAAGAAGAACAAGAAAAGGAAAAACAGGAACCUUGGCAAUGCUGAUAACACUGCAUGGGCUAGCAUGACCCCUCAGGAGCUUUGGAAGAACAUUUGUUCCGAGGCAAAAAGCUACUUUGAUUUUAACCUCAAAUGCGAAAGCGUUGAUCAAGCUGCAGAGGUGUAUAACCUACAGAAAAUUACCCUUCUUCGAGAGAUCUCCCUCAAAACUGGAAUCCAGAUCCUGCUGAAAGAAUACAACUUUGACAACCGGCACAAACCCACCUUCACAGAGGAGGAUAUUCUCAACAUCUUCCCUGUAGUGAAGCAUGUAAACCCCAAAGCCUCUGACGCUUUCCACUUCUUCCAAAGUGGACAAGCAAAAGUACAGCAAGGUUUCUUGAAGGAGGGCUGUGAGCUCAUCAAUGAAGCCUUAAACUUGUUUAACAAUGUGUAUGGUGCUAUGCAUGUAGAAAUCUGUGCCUGCCUCAGGCUGUUAGCACGCCUCAACUAUAUCAUGGGAGACUAUUCAGAGGCCUUAAGUAAUCAACAGAAAGCGGUACUGAUGAGCGAGAGGGUCCUGGGCAUUGAGCAUCCCAACACGAUCCAAGAAUAUAUGCACCUUGCUUUGUAUUGCUUUGCAAACAGCCAGCUCUCAACAGCAUUAAAUUUACUGUACCGUGCACGCUACCUCAUGCUGUUGGUAUUUGGGGAGGAUCACCCAGAAAUGGCACUCUUGGACAACAACAUAGGCUUGGUGCUCCAUGGCGUUAUGGAGUACGACCUGUCCCUCCGAUUCCUGGAGAACGCUCUGGCAAUCAACUCCAAGUAUCACGGCUCCAAGUCUCUGAAGGUUGCGCUGAGCCAUCACUUGGUAGCCCGAGUGUACGAGAGCAAGGCAGAAUUCCGGUCGGCUCUCCAGCACGAGAAAGAAGGCUACACGAUCUACAAAAACCAGCUCGGAGAACAUCACGAAAAGACCAAAGAAAGCUCCGAGUACUUGAAAUACCUGACGCAGCAAGCCGUGGCUCUUCAACGCACAAUGAAUGAGAUCUACAAGAAUGGAUCCAAUGCUAACAUUAUGCCACUUAAGUUCACAGCUCCUAGUAUGGCCAGUGUUCUGGAGCAGCUCAACAUUAUCAACGGGAUUCUCUUCAUUCCACUAAGCCAAAAAGACUUGGAGGACCUGAAAGCCGAGGUGCAGCGGCGCCAGCAGCUCCAGGAGGCCAUCAGGAGCAGUGAACAGCUGGAGCCAGAGGACAGCAUCUCUGAAGAGAGAGAGACUGAGACCAGCACACCUUCUGCUGAGGUCCCCCCAGCACAGGACUCUGCUUAAAAAGUGUACCUCGCUUUUAAAAGAAACAAACAAGGUUUAAACCAUCCUUUUCUGAAUCUGACCCAGGGUCUUGGACUCCCCUGAGGCAGCUUCUCCCUUUUUUUUUUUUUGACAAUGUUAUUGCACUGGUACAACUAAUACACAAUGCAAAGAACUUAAGUUGAGAAAUGUAAUCUGUCUGACUGAGCUUGUAUCUGCCACCGCAGGGGGGAAGGUGGCCAGGAUGCAGCAGCAGCAGCAUCUGAGAACAUCGCUAGGUGAGCACAGCCAGAGGCUGUCCUGUCUGUGUGCGCGUGUGUGUGUAUGUGCGUGUGUAUCAUCGGUCAUUUCUACUUGUACAUACGAAUUCCAAAUGAACUGUCUGGAGGUAGAACAUUUCUCAGGUCAUUUUUAUGUUGACUAAGGAUAUUGCUUUGCAAAAAAGAAAAAGAAAAAAAAAAAGAGAAAAGGAAGUCUCCACCAUCAUCCCAGUACUCAGUUCUCUCUCGAACCUGGAUUCCAAGCCAAAAACCGAUUCUCCUUCUUUGGGUUUGUUUUUCUUUAGGUUGUUGUUUGUUUUUUUUCCAGUCACUACCCUAAGCCACAGUAUGGAAAAAUAAGCAGCCAUAUUUGUACCUAUCGAGAUGAUUUAAACCUGUAAAGUGCAGGGGGAAUGUACAGCUUUUUUCUACAUUUUAGGAUAUAGCCAUGGGGGUUCCUUUUUAACUUUUUUUUGGCAAUUUAGUGGGUUUUUGUAUCCAUUCACCUUCUGAUUUCAUGUUGCGUGGAUCCUCAAAGAUCUACCUAUGCACUCUGCUUGAGUGCCACAUGAACUCGCAUCCAAAGAGCAAGGGUUUAGAACAAAAAGCACACCUCGAAUUGUUGCGAUGGAAAACCCCAGUGCCUACAAUCGAUCAGUCUUGGCACUUGAGUAAACUGUAUAGAAGAGGUUCACGUCAUGGGAGAACCUUCACCUGCUGGAAUCUCUUUCUCUUUUUGGGAGGGCAGGAAUGGGAAUUUGCUCUCACUUCAGAUGUUGACUUAAUUAAAAAAGAGUAGAAUGAGCAGUGGUGUCUCAAGCUAAUCAACUUCAAUUUUAAGGUAAUCUGCAAACUUCAAGCUAAACAGGUUUGAAUCAUGAGUCUUCACACAACCUAAAAUUACUAAGCAUUUUUCUUUGUGGGGAAAUAAUAUUGAAGUUCCCAUAGCACUGAGAGCUAUGGCUAAUAAAUCUUGUUUAAUUCUCUUUUGGGUCUUGCACACCAAGUUUGAGACUUCCUAGGGGAGCUUCCAUUGCUGGCAAUGGAUGUUAUGGAACAGCAGAUGCCACUGAAUGUUGUUUUUUUGUUUUGGGGGUUUUUUCCUCCCCGUCUCCCCUUACUUUAAGUAAAGUGUGCUCCCUGCUGGCACAGUCACAACACAAAUAGGUUGUAGUUGCUGCAGACCAUGCCGACAGAGUUGAAUGUCCUUUAUCGAAGCAGGUGAAGACAUACAGCGAGAUAUGGUUUUGGACUAGCAAUCCUAUCAUGCUGACACAGGAGUCCAGUCUCUCCUCUCUUUGUCUGUCACCAGUAGUACUUUGCUAAUUUUAAUUUCUUCUGUUGACCUUCUGGAAAAGAAAGUGCUGUCACUGUGCUCUGUACCUGUUUGGUUUCUGUACUGCAUUACCAGGUCUUUGUAACUUUUGGGGGAGGGUGGAGAGCUGCCUCUGUCUACCUUGUUGUAGAAGGUACAAAGGAGCUGUUCAUAGUAAAAGAACUUGCUCCCACCACAAGCCUAUUUGGACUUCCUGGAAAGCAUUCAAUAAAUGACUAAUAGUGCAUCUUUCA